CGAUCACAUAUUCAAUCACAUGAUGGUCAUGCAGUGAAAACAAAAAUGGCUGAUCUAUUUGCUGCAGCAGGCGAUCAGGAAAAUAGAGGCGGUACAAGCCCAGACCCUAUAUAUUACGAUGUUCAUCCACGCACCGUUCUCGCUCUUAGAAUAUAUGCAGGAGUUGUCGCCUUUCUGGUGUUUCUGGCUUUGAUAUUCUGUUUUGUGAAAGGGGCUAACGACUCUGUGAUGUACUUACUUGCCUGCAAUAUGAUCAUGAGCAGUCUUAUUGGAAUCAUUAUUGCUUGGUGGUACCACAAAGGUGUUAUUGAGCCAGACAAGAUCCUCUUUAUGGUUUUUGUUGGCGUGUGCAUCAUCUUCCAGGCCAUUACAUCGGACAUUUUUGUGUAUCGACGCCCAUCGACUUCUCCUAUUAACCCAGCAACUGCCAUUCCCACAAUCAACACUACUGCUUUGCCGAUAGCAACAACAAAACCAUAGCCUUAAAUGGGGUUUUUAUCAUAAGGUUGUGCUCAACUCCUAAUUGUAGUUGAAUUUGUAUGUACGCUACCUUCUGAUGAAAAAUCCAUUCUGGAAAUUGUCUGGAAAUAGUCAAUCAUAUUUCACACUCAAAAGCAUCAACUCUUUGAUUUAGAUGGUUGAUUGACUAUCGACUUUUCCCAGACGAGACAAGGAUUUUGAAUUCUCAGCUAAAAAAAAAACAAGUAAGGAUCAACUUGUCUAUAGAAAAUCGUGAAAUGGCCAGAGUUUCAAGGAUCAAAGAAGAAAUAAAAAGGACUUGAGAGUCGUCUGGACCACUCGAUUACACAUGCUAAUUCAAUAGAUCAAAUUUAAAACUGGGAGAUAAAUCCUUACAUACUUACAUGCUUUUUCUAAGAAGAUUUAAUAAAAUAUAACUACGAAAAAGAGUGUAACAAAACCAAUGUAAAACUUUACUUUAUCCUUGGAAAAUAAAUAACCAGGAACCAUAAGUCACCAUAAAA